GGCGCCGGCGGGCAGCGCGGGGCUGGGGCUGGGGCUGGGGCGCUCGCACAAGAUGGCGGUGGGGCGGCGGGAGAGCGCGCUCCCCUCUUAGAUGCGGCCGCGGCGGCCCCUGCACCCGGCGCCCGGCGGGGCUUACAUGGCGCUGGAGGACCUGCUUUGUUUCUGCUUCUCCGCCUUCGCCGUCCUGGCUGUGCAAGGGAGGCUGUUGGAAGGGGAUUCGCUGGAGCUGAGCUGUAGUGCUGGUCCUGCAAAGGUGAUACUGGAGCCAAAUCAAGUCGUGAUUUUGGACUGUAACCUGUCCCCUGUUGAGCAGGUGAUCAAUAUCACAUGGAAGAAGAAUGGGUUUCCAUUAGUGGAGCAGGAACAUCUCCAUGUGCUUCCAAAUGGAUCGCUCUUCAUCUCAUCCCAGGCUGUGGCAAAGGACAGUAAAUAUCCUGAGAGGGCUGGUGCUGAGGGUAAUUACUCCUGCGUGUCUCACAGCUCCCUAGGGGCUGUCACCAGUCAAACGGCUGCAGUCAGAUUUUCAACGUUAUCACGCUUUUUCCAACAGCCAGAGUCACAGACAGUGGAAGAAAAUGGCAUGGCCCGGUUUGAGUGCCGGAUCGAAGGACUGCCCUCUCCUGUCAUCACGUGGGAGAAGGAUCAUGAAGCUGUUCCAGCAGAACCCAGGUUUAUAACUCUUCCAAAUGGCGUUCUCCAAAUCGUGGAUGUGCAGGAGAGUGAUGCUGGGACGUACCACUGCGUGGCAACCAACGCUGCCCGAAAACGCUACAGCAAUGAUGCAGUCCUCAGUGUCCUGAAAGGUUCCCAGCCAGCAGGAGGAGAUGUCACCAUCGUUGCCGCGCCGGAGAACACCACGGUGGUGGCUGGGGAGAGCGUGGUGAUGGAGUGCAUGGCGGCUGCUGAUCCCACCCCCUUUGUCUCCUGGAUACGACAGGAUGGAAAGCCCGUUUCCACAGAUGUGAUUGUGCUGGGCCGGACAAAUCUCCUCAUUCCUUCCAGCCAGCCCCAUCACUCAGGGGUGUAUGUCUGCCGAGCUAACAAACCCCAGACCAGGCAGUUCGUUACAGCCGCAGCUGAGCUCCGGGUCCUUGCUACACCCAGCAUCUCUCAGGCUCCUGAAACCAUCUCUCGCACCCGAGCCAGCACGGCCCGGUUUGUCUGCAAGGCAGAGGGUGAGCCAGCCCCGACCAUUCACUGGCUGAAGAACGGCGAGGCCAUCCUCUCCAACGGGCGGGUGAAGGUGCAGAGCAGUGGGAGCCUCGUGAUCAAUCAGAUCGGGUUGGAGGAUGCUGGCUACUAUCAGUGCGUGGCUGAGAACAGCCUGGGCAUGGCUUGUGCCACUGCCAAGCUCUCGGUGAUCGUGCGGGAGGGUUUGCCCAGCGCUCCCAAGAAGGUGUCAGCCGUGUCCCUCUCCAGCACCACAGUCCUUGUGUCCUGGGAGCGGCCAGAGUACAACAGCGAGCAGAUCAUUGGCUUCUCAUUACAUUACCAGCGGGCUGUGGGAACAGAUAAUGUGGAAUACCAGUUUGCUGUCAAUAAUGAUACCACUGAGCUGCAAGUCAAGGACCUAGAACCCAAUACCAACUAUGUCUUCUACGUGGUGGCAUAUUCUCAGCUCGGAGCCAGCCGGACAUCCUCUUCCAUCAUUGUUCAGACCCUGGAGGAUGUUCCUAGUGCUGCCCCUCAGCUGUCCCUGUCAAGCAUGACUCCUGGUGACAUCCGUGUGACAUGGGUGCCUCUUCCUCCAGAGCUGAGUAACGGCAAGAUAACGAAGUAUAAGAUCGACUACUGCACCCUCAAGGAAGCAGAUCAGGUUACCUCCAUUGAAGUGGGUGGAAAUGAGACACAAAUCACUCUCUACUCGCUCCAUCCCAACAAAGUAUACAAAGUUCGCAUCGCGGCCAGCACCAGCGUGGGCUAUGGGGCCCCUUCUGAGUGGACCCAGCAUCGGACUCCUGACAGAGACAACCAGACACAUGUUCCAUUUGCCCCGACAGAAUUAAAAGUCCGAGCAAAGAUGGAGUCUCUCCUGAUAACAUGGCAGCCCCCAGCCAACCAUGCCCAGAUAUCUGGCUACAAGCUCUACUACCGAGAAGUGGGCCCGGAGGAGUCCAGCAAUGAAAGCCCUUUGGAUGGUGCUGAAGAUGAGAGCUGGGACAUAGGACCCAUAAAACUAAAGAAGAAAGUGAAGCAGUACGAGCUGACUCGACUAGCUCCUGGGAAACUCUAUGAGGUGAAGCUGGUGGCAUUCAAUAAGCACGAAGAUGGUUAUGCAGCGGUUUGGAAGGGCAAAACAGAAAAGGCACCUGCAACAGCAGUAGAUCCCCCUGUGCAGAAGGGUCCUCCGCUGCCUCCAGUCCAAGUCUAUGCCGAGUCCAACAGCUCAACUUCCAUAUGGCUCAGGUGGAAGAAACCUGACUUCACAACAGUCAAAAUUGUCAACUACACCGUGCGCUUCAGCCCCUGGGGCCUGAAAAACGCCUCUCUUGUUACAUACUACACAAGCUCGGAUGAAGACAUUCUCAUCAGUGGGUUGAAGCCCUACACCAGGUAUGAGUUUGCCGUGCAGUCCAAUGGUGUUGGCAUCGAUGGGCCCUUCGGCAGCGUGGUGGAACGGUUCACCCUUCCUGAUCGUCCCUCAACUCCUCCAUCUGAUCUGCGGCUGCACCCGCUCAACCCUUACGCUGUCCAGGUGCACUGGUGCCCCCCUGUUGAGCCCAAUGGCAUCAUUGUGGAGUACCUCAUCCUGUAUAACGCCAACAACACGCAGCCAGAUGACAUGUGGACCUUGCUGACGCGAGAAGGAAAUAUCUUCAGCACUGAAGUGCAUGGCCUGGAAAGUGAUACCAGAUACUUCUUCAAGAUGGGAGCAAAGACGGUCGUGGGAUCUGGUCCCUAUUCAAACGUUAAGGAUGUGCACACCCUCCGGGAGAAGUUGUCUGAUGUUCUGGAUAUCCACUCUGUCACAGGAAUCAUUGUGGGAGUCUGCCUGGGGCUGCUCUGCAUACUCUUCUGCAUGUGUGCCAGCUUCCGCAACAGCAAGCAGAGGGAGGCCUUGCCAGGCCUGGAUUCCCAGGCAGCUGGCAACCAUACUUAUUACCACCGGAGCCGGCAAGGGGUGGCAGCUCCCAGUGCUACCCUGGACUCACAUGAGCUGGAGUCCCUCAUGUCCCCGCUCCCGGAGGAUGCACCCGUGUCCCUGGGGGACAUCACAGAACUGACUGAAGUGCACAGCCUCAUCCACACGAGCCUCUCUGAGGACAUCGUCCAUGGGAAGAGGAAGUCUUCAUGGAAUAAAUCAGCCAACCAGCCCUGGACAAACAGCAUAGCCAGAUACGGGGACACUAUCACAAAAGAGCCUCUCUCUGCUGUGAACGGAUCACUGAAGCUCCCUUCCAGCACAGGACAGAAGCUUUUGUUACAAGCUCUGGUUUACGAUGCCGUGAUGAAUGAAGCAAAGAAAAGCCACCCACCAGCCAACCUCCACCAAGUGGAAGCAGAGGUCAUUGUCCAUUCUGAUUUUUCAGCCUCCCACAGAGACUACGACUCCCAGCUGCACACCCUGGAGAGCGAAGAGACUGAAACCGAGGACCAGGAGCCUGAAGAGCUCCCCUCUGGGGAGCUGGCUCUGCCUGGCUCUCCCAGCACCCAGCAGAACACGAGCCAAGGGCUGGUGGACUGCAGGGGCAAUUCUGAGGUUCAGGCCCAGGACGAGCUGUUCUGUACCGACAGAAAGACUACCAAAACAGAGGCCGUUCGCAUCCGUGGGCUCACCAACGGCUUCCACAAGCACGGGGAAAGUCUGGAUUCAGUGGAGAGCGGAGAUUCGGACUCCAUCCAGGAAGGCAGUGGGGAUGUGCAGCCAGUCAAGUGCCAAUCCCUUUCCCCAGCCCCGGAGGAGGUCCCCCUCUGUAGUAACUCUGGUUUAACCAGUUCAUCCUCAGCAUCUGAGAGCAUGGCAUGUGUCCACAAUCAUUAAAGAGUGAACUAAUCUGAUUUUGAUCAUGGGAGAGCUAGAAGUGCUAUGGGGGCCUGUCUCUGUGAGCUACUGUGUGCCCUCGACUCACUGAGCCCAGCAGGAGCUAAGGAGGUGCAGUAUCUUACCAGAACAGGAUUGGGACCUGUCAGCUGUACAUAUCGCCUUCAAGAAAUCAGUAGGCAGGUUGGAGAGGGCCCGUCAUCUUCCUGCUGAAGCUGAUGAGUAACUCGGUGUUCAAGGGGGCAGCACUGAGCCAUCUGCCAAAGUCUGACAUGAAACCAUGGGCUGGAACAGAGCCUUCUGCGUUAGACCAGGGUUGUCACUUCGCUGUAGUCCUUGAGGCGACUGGCAGGACGUCUUUUACUGCUGGGAGGAGGCAGGGUACACCGAGCGAUUCUUCUCAACUGUCUCUUCACCAGGGAGCACCUUGGCACUACCUGCUGCCUCGCAGCGUCGGGAUGGAUUUUGUCAGAGGAGUCCCACAAGGGAGUGGAAGCCAACAGAAACAAAUUCAGUGAGCUGUAACCACCAGCCUUUUCUGCCCUCCCGUGGUUAAAAGGAUUAUAAGGCUCUCUUUGUACGCUACCGCAGUAACUAGUACUAGCAGGCUGAUGUAGUGGCCUUUUAUUACACACUCUACGAGUGCCUCUAACAACUUGUACUAUAUAGAACCUUCUUCAGUGUCUGGGUCAUUUCAUCAACCUGGACUUUGUUUUCCAUAGGUUCUUGUACCUAAUAUUUUAGGUACACAUCUGUCCUUUUAAUGUACAACAUGUAUUUUUAUUUCCUUGGAACAUCUUUAUAUUAUUUAAUUUUAUAAAGUGGACUAGUGUGUGAUGUAGAGUAGCAUUUUUACUACUUCUCUCUUUCUGUAUUUUUUUCCUCCCUAACAACACAACUACCUCAUGUCUGUUGGAGAAAAACAAGCAGUAGACCUACUCUUUUGUUAUAGUCCAUUAUAGGUUUUAACUUAUUCUUAUACUGCCUUUUUCUAAAGAAUAUGUUUGCACUGGUUGUUGACUCUUUUUUAAUGCGUAGUGCUGCAGAUCUGAUGUCUCUCUUGCUUUGUUUCUAAGUAUCGCUGUAGGACACCUUCCCUACAGCUGGAGAGUUGGGUUGUGUUUCUUUGUAGGACUGUGUUUUGCAGGAGCUGGCCAAAGGAAACUCCUCCAUCUUUCCAUAACAAGAUUAUACUAGCGAAGAGAAAAAAGAACCAACAAUUGCAAAAGUAAUUUGUGGUCUUGGGGACAUCUGUUUCUUUUUUUGUGCCCAAGUGGAGACAUCUCGUAUGAUUUUGAUUUCCAGAGAGCAGCUCGCAGUCUUCUCUAGGCAGUGGACUUGCUGAAGGCUUUGGAUGAACAAGUGAAAUUUUCCAGUCACUUCUGAGAGUUCUCACUGAAGUGCUUUUGGUUGUUUGUUUGUUUGGGGUUUUUUUAAGAGCAGAGCACCACCAGAGCUUAAAAAUUAAAAUAAAAUCUUUGGUCUCUUACCAGUCAGUCUGGUUUGAAAAUCAUACAGUGACUCUUCCUUGCUGAUGCUGCUUGCUUACUGCUGUUGUGGCUCUCAGCCUGGCAUUCUGGUGUGGGGUGAACUUCUUUCUACCUUUUCUUUAGCCCGUCUCUGCCCUGUUCCAGGCUUGCAGAGUCUGACUGCAAACACUACGGAUUGGACCGGCUCCUCAGCAGUAACAAGGAUCGGUAGCUCUUUUCAUUGGGUGUUUGGUAAAUGUUCUGCCUUCCUGGAGGAUUCAGAGAUCCAGCCAUUUGUUUGUUUAAAAAAUGAGGAAAAAGAUGCCCAUCUCUUUCUUUUCUUACUGGAAUUCCCCCAAAGCAAUAUGGGGAGCUGUGUCCUGACCUGAGAUCCUGUAAAAAACUUGGACUUUGUUUUUUUUGUGGUGAAAUCUGGACUGCAAUACUACUGCUUGCAGCAAGGAGAACCUUGCUCUAGCAACACCCUAUCCCCGCUUCUGUUGUGAAGAGCCAUGUCACAGUGUACCCUGUGUUUGGAGCCGAGCUGGACCGGUCCUUGCUAUCUUCCAUCAAACCCUGUUAGCUCCAGCUCUCCAGGGGAGGAGUACCUCCAAGCCUCCGUGUACCCUGUUGGGAAGGAUAUUGGAGCUUCCACCUCUCCCCAUCCUACAGCAUCUCCUCCCAGUGUGACACCGUGUUCUGGUGAACAGCUGUAUUUGCAGUCCUUGCGCUUGCUCUGUUGCUCCAGCUGCUGCUUGGUAUCUUGAGGAGUCUCAGCGACGCCGUUCCAUGCUCUGAAGUGCUGUGACUCUGGAAGGCUGUGGCACAGAGCCUGGGAAUCUGCCAGUGAGCAGUCUAGGCAGGAGUUAGUGUGUGUGCCCUACCAGAGUAGGAAGGUAGAAAGGCAAGAAAUCAUAACUGGGCAGAGGAAGUGCAUAAAUAACCUCCAGAACUCACUGCCACAGGACUUUGAAACGAAUGACCCAGCAGGGUUACAGAUAAGGCAGUGAAGUGUUAUUGCGGGCAAUAAGGGCAAUUCACAGUUCUAUGGGAGCGGAUGCAAUUGCAGAGGUGUAAAUCCCCCAGCUGGGGAGUAUCGGGCACUAGGUGUGGAGGGUGGGGGGAGAUUUCUGCAGCUGGACCUCAGUUCGCAGUUAGUUUCAUGGAAGACUCCUUGCUCUUCCCCGGUGACAGAACAGACCCUGUACAAGCCACGUUGCCGCUGCUGACGUGCAGAAAGGGAGAAGGACCUUUCUCUAAAAAGCUCGCUGCAGAGGAACCCCUGGUAAUUUCUUUCACCUCCCAAACCAAGUUAUCUGCCUGCAGGCAGCGCCUCGGCUGCCGGCGGCAGCGCUGGGAGGGCUUUGGCCAGCAGCUGGGAUGACCAGGGCACCAGAGUUUUCCCCGCUCCCUGCUGUGACACUGUCCCUGGGGCAGGUCGUGGGCCAGCCCUCAGCUUUCCAUCCAGGGGCCUGUGGGGAUGGAGCCUUAGUCCGGCGGCUGAUUUAGGAGUGUGCCACAGCUUCGGGGCCACUCCCUUGUACCUGCACCUUCUGCUUUGUCCCUACUGACUUUAGCAAUCGUACAGCCGUGGGGUGAGCGUUGCUGAGCUGCCUAAGAGCUAUCCCUGCCUGUCACUGAAGCCAAUGCCAGCAGGCCCAGUGUGGCACCGCUCCCCUCCAUCACCUUGGGCCGAUCACAAGACCACCAAGUUAGUUACGUGCUCCAAGAGCUCUGGGGGAGAUCCGGCAGAGUGCAAACAAUUCUGCUUUUGCAUCACAAAAAUACUUCUGUCUCUUCACGCUGAGGCUUAUUCUGACCUUGUUACAUCCCACCGAAUUGUACCAGCGCGUGAAACGGGCAGUGUUUGGAUGGGCAAGUUCAGUGGUGGCCGGGGGCUGGUAUGGCAGACCUCAGUCCCAGAAAUUGAGGCCGUUCCCUCAGAGCCAAGAGAUCAGCACUGACCGGCAGCAGCGAAGCUCUUCUCUGUACGAACGUGUGUCCACGCGGAGCGCUGGGUGUCCUUGUCCAACUCGGCUGCACUCCAGGUUCCCCCUGUCCUGAAUACGCGUGGGACCUGCUAGUUUCAGCUAGAAAUGAAUGGAAGGAGACAGAUAAUACACAUUUUAUGUGUGAAGCUGAAACAACCAGUGCAUAUAUUUUUUUACCAUGAAAUAAGUAGCUUUCUUGCAGAUUUCUCACAGACACAAAAACUGUUGAUACCUUUACCCAUCAUACUUAAUAUAUGUUCUUACACAUAAGGCUCCUUUCUCCCUUUUCUUCCUUUCAGUAACACUAAAGAUUAUUGCUGUUCAACAUUUUGCUGGUGUAUAUUGUUUUACAUUGUUAAGAUGUCAGGUUUGUCUCACUGGCAUAAUUUUGUAGUAUUAAUGUUACUGUUUGGCUACACAACUGUAUAUUCCCCAUGCUGCUGCGAAAGUCACAGUUCUCAUCCUUUUCUUUCUUUUAAUUCCUUGUUACAUGAAACACAUGACUUGGAUAAAAAUCUUCAACUUUUUGUUGAUUUUAUUUCUUACUUAACAGACAGCAAAGUUCUGGUUUAAAUAGUUCAAAUGAGAUAAUUUAUAAUGUAGGUUUUAAGAAUUUUUUACAUUACUAGCUAACAAUCCUGAGAUCAGCCCAUGAAAUACGCUGUGUAAGGAAACCAUUUUAAUAGAGCACUUAUAUUUGGUUUUGAUCUGAUUAGAAAUAGACGUUUCGAAGAGAUCAUCGUGUCCUUUCUAAUCAAUACUUUUGUUAGAAAAGAAGUGUUUAGUCCAGCAGAAAUCUACCAUCUAGUUCUGUUAUUGUACUCCCUUGCUUGUAUUUGAAAAUUAAAUUUCAUUUAAUUUUCUGCACAGUGCGUAAGAAUGUGUAACCAGAACUUGAUCUUGUUUGAAGAUUGUGUCUGUGUUUGGUUCCAUGCUGUACUUAAUUAUAACUUACUUUCUUCAGAGACUGUUCUUACUCCACAAAUACUCUUUAGUGUUAAAGUGUAAGAAGACAUUGUCCUUAUAUUCCUUAACUAAUGGGUUAUUAAUAAAAUAUUAAAAAAAA